UGUGCGCGGAAGGCUGGGCCUGGCCGACUUGGGAGUUUUAAGGUUUUCGCUCGCGACUAUCCUGGGCGGCCUCAAAGACAUUGCAGUUAGCUGUCAGCAUGUUGCGCGUGGUGAGCUGGAACAUCAAUGGGAUUCGGAGCCCCCUGCAAGGGGUGGGUCAUGAGGAGCCCAGCAACUGUACCGCCACGGCCAUGGGGCGCAUUUUGGACAAGCUGGAUGCCGACAUCGUCUGUCUUCAAGAGACCAAAGUAACCAGGGAUAUGCUGACAGAGCCCCUGGCUAUCAUUGAGGGCUAUAACUCCUAUUUCAGCUUCAGCCGCCACCGUAGUGGCUAUUCUGGUGUAGCCACCUUCUGUAAGGACAGUGCUACUCCAGUGGCUGCUGAAGAAGGCCUGAGUGGCCUACUUGCCAGUCAGAAUGGGGACGUUGGUUGCUACGGAAACUUGGAUAACUUCACCCAAGAGGAGCUUCGAGCUCUGGAUAGUGAGGGCCGGGCCCUCCUCACACAACACAAGAUCCGCACAUGGGAAGGGAAGGAGAAGACCUUGACCCUAAUCAACGUGUACUGCCCCCAUGCGGACUCUGGGAAGCCUGAGCGGCUCGCCUUUAAGAUGCGCUUCUAUCACUUGCUGCAGAUCCGAGCAGAAGCCCUCCUGGCAGCUGGCAGCCAUGUUAUCAUUCUGGGUGACCUGAAUACAGCCCACCGCCCCAUUGACCACUGGGAUGCAGUCAACCUGGAAUGCUUUGAAGAGGACCCAGGGCGCAAGUGGAUGGACGGCUUGCUCAGUAACCUGGGGUGCCAGGCUGGUUCCCAUACAGGACCCUUCAUUGAUAGCUACCGCUGCUUCCAGCCAAAGCAGAAGGGGGCCUUCACCUGUUGGUCGAUAGUCAGUGGCGCCCGCCAUCUGAACUGUGGCUCCCGGCUUGACUAUGUGCUGGGGGACAGAACCCUGGUCAUAGACACCUUUCAGGCCUCCUUCUUGCUGCCUGAAGUGAUGGGCUCUGACCACUGCCCCGUGGGUGCAGUCUUAAGCGUGUCCUCUGUGCCGGCAAAACAGUGCCCACCUCUGUGUACCCGCUUCCUCCCUGAGUUUGCAGGUACCCAGCUCAAGAUCCUUCGAUUCCUAGUUCGUCUUGAACAAGAUCCUGCAUUCAAGCAGUCAGCGCUACAGCUCAGAAAUCAAACACAGGUACAGAUGCGCCAAAACAAAGCCUGUGUGCGCUCAACCAGGUCUCGGCCAAGUCAAGCUGGCUCCAGUAGAGGCCAAAAAAACCUGAUGAGCUACUUCCAGCCAUCCUCCAGUCGUCCCCAAGCUUCUCCUAACUUGGAGCUUCCUAGCCUGGGUGCCCUCAUGACCCCAAAGACCUCAGAAGAGGACGUGAUGGCCAAUGUGGUGGAGCGGCAGGCCAAGGCUUCAGAGGCCAAGUAUGAAAAGGAGGUUAUUCUGGAAUGUCUUUACACCAUACCACGUGUACUUCAAUGUGCAGCAGAGGGACUUCCUUACCUAUAAAGCCUCCUUAAUUUCACUCUUCCUAUGCUCUCUAGCCAUAAAUGAACACCUUCCAGAUCCCAGAGUGCUGGAACUCAUCAUACUGGAAAAAUACCACCAAUGUUUAUGUCUGUCUCCUUUGCUAUACCAUCUACUGGGUAUGUGUCUUUCACCCAACAGACCUAGAAUGAGAACCUGCUCUAUGCCAGGCCCUGCAUCCAGCAGGAAUCCAGUAAAUUUUAGGUGAAUUGCUAAACUGGCAUCUUUCAGGAUAAAACCCAAGCUACUCAACUCUACAAACCUCUAAAUCUUGUGUUGUCUUUGUAGAUUCAUAGAUAAACACUCCCCUCCCCCAUUCCAUUCUUACUACCCUACGUUCCAGUAACACCUGCUUCUUGUUCUUAAUAUAUCCCAGGCUACUUCUCACCCUCCUCCUUACCUUUCUUCACGCUCUUCCUUCUGCUAGGAAUACCCCUUAUAUACCCUCUUUCUUCUCUUGGUCUGAUAUCACACAGCUUUGCAAGACUCAGCUCAGGUGUCACCUCCACUAGGAAGCCUGUCUUGAAUCCCACAGAUUGGGUCAGGGCCCUCCUCUCUGCUCCCACAACUCCCCCAUACAUUGUCUUUUUUGAACUUUGAUCACCCCUUGAAGUCAUUAUUUGGGUCUGCCAUGGUCUCCUCAACCAAACUGAAGCCCUAUGAGUAUAGGAACUGUUUCUCAUUCAUUUGACCCUAGUAUAGGGUCUGGCAGAUAAUAGAUGUUCCAGGAAUAUAUUUUUAAACUGAACGGCACCCUUUCUCAACUUCUUCACAUACUGGGGCUGAAGGGAAGGAGAGUGCUGUAGACACCUAUGUUGAGGACUUACCCACAAAGUCUUCCAUCAUCUGAGGGCUGUGGUGGGGGGAGGGUGCCAAGCGCAGCAGCUCCUCACCCCGAGGGACAGUUGGGUAGUUGAUGGCCUGCACAUAGAUGCCAUGCUUGGAGAGCAGGAGAUCACAGAUCCUGCUGUUCAGCGCUGCAUCACCCACCUGGGCUCAGGAAAAAAGCCUGUCAGUAUCUGCCACCCUGGCCCCACUAUUACUAGCUCCAUUAAGUAGGUAGAGGGAACCAGAUCAAGGAACACCACUGAAUUUUGGGACAUUUUUUCAUAAGAGGCUUAGUCAGUGGCAGGUCUAGAAUUUCCAUCAAGGAGUUGCUCAGACGCAGCAAUCAAAUUUAAGAUACAUGCACCCCAAUGUUCCUAGAAGCACUGUUUACAAUAGACAAGAUGUGGAAACAACCCAAGUUUCCAUCAGCCAAUAAUUGGCUUAAGAAGAUGUAUACACACACACACACACACACACACACACACACAAUGCAAUAUUAGCCAUAAAAAGUGAAAUAUUGCCAUUUGUAGCAACAUGGAUGGGCCUAGAGAAUAUUAUACUAAGUGAAGUAAG